UCUCGUGUUGUGUACACUGGGCGGUGACACUAGCAAACAGAGGAGCCGUUUAUCCCGCAACACGGGGACGUCUUAGAUGUGUGGUGUUGGUAUGCUUGGCUGGACGGGAGACAGCUGAGUGUCCCGUCCUGUUCCUGACCGUAACAGACACCCGGCAGUGACUGGAGCUCUCCCACGGUGACCCACGGUGAAGCUCGUCUUAGUCACGGGUGAUUUAUUCGUCCUGCCGGUGCAGCAGGUUAAAGGCUGCUGUGUGAUGAUUCACUCCUACCGUAAAAUUUAUGGUCACGCAAAUGUGCCCGCCCACUUAAACGUUUCCCUUCGAACAGAGACCGGGGAUUAACGCUUACGUCAUAGCUACGUCGGAAACGCAAAUCCCUCCGCCACCGCAAAUAUUUGAUUGGCCUGGACGGUAAUUUUCCGUCAUUUCCGGCAGCGCUGACGUCAGCGUCGUUAGCCUGCGGCGUGUUUUUGGAUUAGCGUAAGAUCAACGUUUAUCGGGCGAAUCACAUUUGAAACGGAUUUUUGUGACCGACCUACCUUAAUAGUAUGAACCAGUCACAGCUGAGCAUCCACGGGCGGGUCCCACUAACGUCAGCGCCCCUGUUGAUUGGUCCGUGUCCGACAAACGUCAUUCACCUACCUGUGUGACUGUAGCAGCUGUGCUGCAGUCUGCCGGCGGAUAACUCGGCUAGCUGAAACAUUUGCACCAUGAGCGUAACAGCCCCGUGAGAGGACAACGAGCUGCUGCUGGGACACGAACUCAGAGACCAGCAAUAAUGCCACAGCCCAGAAUGAUGCUGGUGGUGACAGGAGAUGAUUUUGGCUACUGUCCCAGGAGGAACCAGGGGAUUGUGGAUUGCUUCCAGGCUGGAGGCAUCUCCAAUGUCUCGUUGCUGGUUAAUGGCUCGGCUGUAAAACAGGCGGCAGAUCUGGCUAAAAGACACAACAUUCCCAUUGGCUUGCAUGCCAACCUGUCUGAAGGCAUACCAGUGUGUCCGAGCCUCCAGCAGUCCUCCACGCUCGUAAACCAGCAUGGCUUCUUCCAUGGGAAGAUGGGCUUUCGUCAGGCGUUGAAGAGAGGAGAACUCAGCAUGAAACAGGUGGAGCUGGAGUUGAGGGCCCAGGUCGGGCUUUUCGUGGAGCUGAAUGGUCACCUACCCGAGCACAUGGACGGACACCAACAUGUUCACGUCCUCCCAGAGGUCCGUGAAGUGUUUGCGAAGGUUGUCUCAGAUCUCAGGAUCCCCUACACUCGUGUUCCCGUGGAGCCGGGUCUAUACAGCUGCCCGUGGAUACCAGCACACCUGCACAAAUUCUACAAGCAGGUGGAGAAGGACGCUCUGGAUGCCAUCCCAGUGUUCAGACGCCAUGGAAUCAGGUGGCCAGAUGUGUACCUGGGACUGACCACCAUGGGGCAGAACAUGUCCAUCCCAAGCCUGCACAGGGCCCUCAGCUACGCCUUGGCUGCAAACCCUCCAUCCUCUACCUCCAGCUCUGUGCAGGGUUCACAUCAGCCUGUGGUCACAGCUGAGCUCAUGGUCCACCCGGGGUACCCCAGUCACCCCAAGGAGGGAGGCUGUGGAGAGGGCCCCGACGACUUCUCCCAGUCUGCUGACAGGCAGCACGAGCUGAGUGUUCUCAAAGAUCCAUCUGUGCUGGCUCUCUAUUGCCAAGAGAGAGUGCAGCUCUGUGCCUUCAGAGACCUGUGACUGCCCUCAGCUUCCAAAUGUUGCUCAGUUACCACUGAUGUUUGUAGUAACACGACUUUAUGCUGCCCUACAAACUGAGACUGAUCAAAUUAGCUCGUAGCAGCCUUUAAUGAGUGGAACUGUCCAUGACCGGCUCUGAGCCUAGCCUGAGGAUGGCUGUCAGAGCAGCACAUGAUACACUGUGUAGAAAUGUCUAAUGAAGCCACAGUGUUCACUGCAACACUGUUUUAAACUAAUGAAUCAUUUUACUAAAAUAAUCAGCAACAUAUGUUCAGAGCUCUCAUCAUAAGUAUGUUUGGUAGU